AAUUUGCUCAUCUUCUUCCUUGCAAGUUUCCGGUUUCCCUGGCACUGGAGAGGCAGAGGUCCCUUGUGAGGCUAGCCAAGGUGAGGCUUCUUUCCCAGGAGAUUAAAAGCGCUGCUGCUUCCGCUGUUUGUCUUUGGGAUCAGAGUGGGAAUAAGAAGAAUGAAGGGGAGAACGUGAUGGACCUCUUACUUAUCUCCUUUUGGCAUCUGGUAUGUCAUCCAUUUCCUGUGCAGAAGAAUAAAAGUGAAGGGCUUGAAUGAGGGUAACUCCAGCUAAGUAAACAGACAGAUCUGACUAGGGAAUAUUACUGAUCAGAACACAAUUUAAUCAUCCAUCAUACAGCAAAGUCAGCUUCAAAAUAUUUUGACUUUGAAUACAUCGUUCAGCCUGAAGCUUCAAUUUUACCCCUUGUCGAGAAACGUGCAAAGCAGGGACUCUUUAUCAUUUUUUGGGGCUCAGGAGACACAACUGGAGAAUAAACUCGCCUGCAGCAUCACAUGGGAGAGAAAUUAUUUCAAUGCCCCAAUUUUGGGGAAAGCUUCCUGGGCCGCUCAGAUCCUUUCGAACAUCAAGCCGAACUGUACAGAUGCCUGGAGUGUGGGAAAUGUUUCACUCACAGCAAGAACCUCAGCACUCAUCAGAGAAUCCACACUGGAGAAAAGCCGUACAAGUGCCCCGAAUGUGGGAAAAGGUACGGUGCCAGCUCCACUCUGAGCCGACACAGAAAAAUCCACAUGGAAGAAAAGCCCUUCAAAUGCCCUGUGUGUGAGAAGGGUUUCAGUUACAAAGCAGACCUCAUUAAACACCACCGGGUUCACACUGGGGAGAAACCGUACGUCUGUGGCGAGUGUGGGAAAAGCUUCAGUCAGAGCUCAAACUUUGUGACGCAUCAGAGAAGCCACACGGGAGAGAAACCUUACGAAUGCCCCGACUGUGGGAAAAGUUUCACUGUGAGUUCGAGCCUUAUUGAACAUCAGAGAGUCCACACGUCCGAGAAGCCUUUUUUGUGCGCGGAAUGCGGGAAAAGCUUCAACCGGAGCUCCCAUCUCAACGUGCACCAGAGAAUUCACACAGGAGAGAGGCCCUUCCAGUGCCCCGAUUGUGGGAAAGGCUUUACUAUCCUUUCCACCCUUAGUAAACACCAGAGAAUCCACACGGGAGAAAAACCGUAUAAAUGUCCCGACUGUGAGCGGAGCUUUAGGGUGAGCUCAAUUCUUACGCAGCAUAUUAGAACCCACACGGGAGAGAAACCAUAUGUUUGUCCCGACUGUGGGAGAAGCUUCAGCCAAAAAUCGCCCCUCAUCGCUCAUCAGAAACUUCACGUUCGUAAGAAAAUGCCAUAGGCGACUGCUCUGCGACAAAAAGGGGCCGUCUGCACUGUAAGUUUAAAGUGGUAUCAUACCACUUUGAAGACAGCCAUAGCUUCUCGCAAAGAAUCUUGAGAAACUGUAGUUUGUUAAGGGUGCUGUGAGUUGCUAAGGGGUGUCCGUUCCCCUCAUAAACCUACAAUUCCCAUAAUUCCCUAGGAAGAGGGAUUGACUGUUAAACCCUUCUGAGAAUUGUAGAAGAUGGGACCACAUUGCUCUGACUGGCAAAUCAUUGAGUCGUAAUUAUCAUAGCUUGGCAUAAGAAAAUGUGCUGUGAUAGGUGAUAACUUUCACUCCUGGAUAGGUUUUCUUUCUUUCUUUCCUUCUUUCUAUUAAAAAUAUCCUUCCACUUUUACUUUUUUAAAAAAUACAACCUUCCCUUUCCUCCCGAUUCAGGAAUUGAUUAUUAAACCGUUGUGACUACUGCAGUUCUGUGAGGGAAAUAAGGGUGCUCAUUGUUGCUAGGAAACCCUCAACAGACUACAGCUCCCAGAAUUCUUUGGGGGAAACCAUGACAGUGUAAAAUGGUAUCAUGGUACUUAAAACACAUGGUGUGAAUAGAAUGCCAACUCCUUUUUUAAAAAAAACCUUUUAAAAAAAUGAGCUUUAUUUAUUUAUUAAAUUUUGUGCCCUGCCCUUCCUCCUUAAGGAUCCCAGCAUGGCAAACAUCGGGUGUUAAAACAGUACAAUUUUAAAAAUAUAUAUUUUUAAAACUGCCUAGAAACAUUUAGGGCACCCAACACCAUAGUACUUCAAACAGAUUUUUUUUUAAAUGAUGAAAAUACAAGUGUUUAAAAUAUUUUAUUUACAUUUUCUCAAAAUUACCCCCCCCCCAAAAAAAAACCAGAGUCCUUUUUACUGGGGAUAAACCAGAAUGAAAGUUCCAGGUGCCAGGAAAGGUUAUUCAUGUACGCAACAAUUGCGGCCCGUGUUUUGUUAGCCCCAAAAUGGAAAGUGAGCGAGGGCAACUUAAGUUGACAGAUUUAACAUAUGGAAUAAGAGAGCAAGAAGAACAUAGUUUAAAGAAGAUUGGAAAGCAUUUAUUGAAUAUAUGGAAAAUAACUGUGUACAGCUGAAAAUGCUGGUGGCAUUAAGAUAAAUUCAACAGAGUAAAUAAUUUUUGAUGGCUGUAAAAGUGGAAAAUUGAUUUGAAAUGGUUAUAGUAAUAGUAAUAUAUGCAGGGAUGUGUGAUAUGUGAAACGAACCAUGGAAAGAGAAGAAGGGAAGUCGCUGGAUAUUUCAAAGUUAGUAAAAUGUUUAUUUGAAAUUGUAAAACAAAAAUUGUAAUAAAAAUUAUUAUUAAAAAAAUA